UCUCUCUCUCUCUGAUCUCACAGAGGUGUGGACGCUCAGUCUGGUCUGAGCUCAGCUGAGAGUGAGUGAGUGUGUGUGUGUGUGUGGAGAGACGGAGAGAGGGAAGCGUCCGAGUAUGGAAUUAAACUCAAAACGGAUUUUACUGUCCAGAACGGCGGUCAGGAGGAGAGUCCAGUAGCCGCCCGGAGGCUUUAAAGAGUACCCAUUCUCCCCUGAUGUCUUGCCCCCGUUGCUGGAGGUCCCUGACGCUGAGGGGGCGGUCCUAAGCCCCAACCGGAAUUCUGCCCUUAGAUACAACUCCGCCCACAGCAUGGACUCCUCCCACUGCAGCGAUCGUCCAAUCAGCUAUGGCUCCACGUCUUCCUCUGCCUCCUCCCGGGACAGCCACUGCUCUCUUGGGGGACGGGGUGUUUUAGGCUCCACCCCUGAGCGUGACCGGGACUCCGGGGCAAUCAGACUGGAGCUGGUCCCUGCCCGUCAGCUGGAGGAGGCGGAGUCAGGAAGACAGACGCCUACACCCACCAAUCAGGAGGAAGCAGAUGGUGGGCGUAAAGUAGCGUACGUGGACCGAGUGGUGCAGGAGAUUCUGGAGACGGAGAGGACUUACGUACAGGACCUGAUGAGCAUCGUUCAGGAUUAUCUGGACUGUAUCAGUAAUCAGGCUCGGCCAUUGUUGGGAGUUGAAGACAGAAAUUCACUUUUCGGAAACAUUCGUGACAUUUACUGUUUCAACAGGGAUCUGCUGCAUGAUCUGGAGAAGUGUAAUGCGGACCCGGUCGCCAUCGCGGAGUGCUUCGUAGCCAAGAGUGAAGAAUUUCACAUAUAUACGCAGUACUGCACUAACUACCCGAAGUCAGUGGCUGUUCUCAGCGAGUGUAUGCGGAAUAAGGCCGUUGCAAAGUUUCUGCGUGAGCGUCAGGAGAGUCUGAAACACUCCCUGCCCCUCGGCUCCUAUCUGCUCAAACCCGUCCAAAGGAUCCUCAAAUACCAUCUACUACUACACGAAAUCGCCACUCACCUGGAGAAAGACUCCGAGAUGCAUGAGGUGGUUCAGGAGGCCAUCGACACCAUGCAGAGAGUGGCCUGGCACAUCAACGACAUGAAGAGGAAACACGAGAACACCGUCAGACUGCAGGAGAUCCAGAGUUUGUUGACCAACUGGCAGGGUCCUGAUCUGAUUGGCUAUGGUGAGCUGGUUCUGGAGGGAACGUUCCGGGUUCAGAGAGUGAAGAACGAGAGAACGCUUUUCCUCUUUGAUAAACUGCUCCUCAUCACCAAGAAACGGGAGGAAACCUACACAUACAAGGCACACAUACUGUGCUGUAACCUGAUGCUGGUGGAGGUCAUUCCUAAGGAGCCCCUGAGCUUCAGUGUUUUUCACUAUAAGAACCCCAAACUGCAGCACACAGUGCAGGCCAAGUCACAGCAGGACAAGCGAACGUGGAUCCAGCACCUAAAAAGACUCAUCCUGGAGAACCAUCCUGCCAAAAUCCCAGCCAAGGCUAAGCAAGCCAUUCUGGAAAUGGAUGUGCACCACCCAGGCUUGCAGUGUAGCCCUGAGGGCCAAAACAGAAUCAACCUUAAAGAAGGCCCCUCCCCCAGGAGAACCCGCAGGAAGACAGAACCCUUAUCCAAAUUGCUCAAAAACAAGCACGCAAUAUCCAGUCCAGAUAUACAGAAGCGGAGCAGUUUUGGAGCCACCCUGCUGUCUCCUGUGGUCCAUCUGGGCACCAUUGGUCGAUCCCGUAGCCUCGUUAACCAGUCACAGGAGUCGUUAGACCCUGGGGACCACAGUGAUGUAGAAGAGGGGUUACAUCCACAGGAUGCUGAUGAUGAGGAUGACAGUGGACUGGGCUCUGGAGGGAAGCUUCGUGUACCUGGAAAGACCAGCAGGAAAAGGCUCAACCCACAGGUGUCAGUGGACAGCAUCGACCGGUGGAAGAACCACAACCUUGACCAUGCUGAUCUACAGGCAGCCAAAGAGUCUCUGCAGCUGGAGGCAGUCCACACUCCCAUCCUACAGGUGACAUGCCCUGCUGAACCACCUGCUGAUGAGCAUAUUUCCCAUUUCUUGGGUACCACUGGAGGGCAUUCUGUCCCAAACAUAUGGGCAGACCACAGAGUUCGCCGAGCCAUGUUUCCCACUCGACAAAAGACCAUCCAAAUUGAUGAUGAUGAAGACAUCUAUCAGAUGUUUGUGCCCACUGAGAAUGAUACAAGUGGGCAGGAUGCAGAAAGUGAUCAUGAUACCACCGAUGAUCCUCCUGGACGACCCUGCAGCUGGCAUGUUGAGCAAACACAGACGAUGCAGUUAGACCUUCCAGCCAGUGGCAGUAGAGUGCUACGCAGGGCUAGCAGUGUUGGAGAGAAACAAAGUGAGCGACAAAGCCCUACAAAGCAGUCUGUCCAUGAAGAAGAACAUAACACUGAGUCAUCGAGUAACGAGAUAUCUGGCUCUUCCUCAGCCGAGCAGCUGACGAUUGAUGACAUUGAGAAUGUUUACGAUAAUAUUAGUUAUGAGGAGUUGCAGGCCAUGGGACUGAUUCGGAAGGAGCAGGAGGUUAACCGUGCUUCUGUAGUCGCAGAGCCCAAACCUGUUGUGCCUCCACAAAUUUUAGUUUCUCCAGUGGAAUCAGAAACCUCAUCUGAAAGCAACAGGUCCUCCGGCCAAGAGGGGGCACCAUUUGGAACUAGUGACCUGCAGACAAUGGAGGAAGAAAACAUCUAUGAUACCAUUAUGUUCUGUGAAAUGCCAGCUUCUUCCACUGAGUCAAAGAGAGGAAAUGGACAAGUAGUUGAACAAGAUAACCAGCUGUUGCCUGGGAUAGACCUAACUGUUAAUCAGAGCACAGGCACAAGUGUUUCAGAGGAGAGCCUAAAUCUAGAUAUCAGCAAAGGGGCAAAUCGACCCCUUCCAGAAAUUCCAGUUGUAUCAAUUACGGAGAUGGACAGUGAUUCGUUAACUUCAGAUACGCCAUCACAACAGUCUGUAGCUGAUCGCAUGUCAGAACAAGUGGACGAAAUCUGGAAUGAUCUGGAAAACUACAUCCGGAAUAAUGAAAAGAAACCAGACAAGCUUCCUGCUGCAUUUCCUGUCAAUGGACCAGAGUCACCACGCAAGACAUGCAGUUCCCAAAAUAAAACACACAACUCUCCAGACAAAUCAUAUAAGCAGUCAAAAUCUCCAACCAAAGCAUACAAAUCUCCACAGAAAGCACAAGAAUCCCAACAAAAAACUCAUGAUUCCCCACGCAAGGCACAUCAAUCUCCAAGCAAGAAAUGUAACUCUGGAAGCAAGGACGUUGACUCUCCUCUCAAACCACCCUCAGAGGGUGUUAAGAAAGUGAAGAGAACCGCUGCAUCACCCAGCCCUCCAGUUUCCAAACCCAUUCCAACCUUCCAACUCCCAGUCCUCAGUGUUCCCAAACUUGUGCGAGAGCCUACGUUUGAGAUAGAUGAGCCGGAAUCCCCUCCAUCUCCUGCUACACCUUCAGUUCCACAAGUUUCUAGCCCAGAACCCCAACCUGGAACUGUCAAGAGCAUCCGGAACAAACUUGCCAGACUUAGCAGUGGAAGUUUCCGAAUGGACGAUGAGGACCCUCCUCCACAAAAGGACCCUGAGCUUCAGGCACUGUUUAGUGGUUUGGAUCCUUCUCUCCUUCCUUUGGCACCCUCUGGUAUUCUACUUGGUGGGGAAGCUGGGGACCAGCUGCUUGAAUUAGGGGAGAAGGGUAAAAACAGAGUCUACCUCAUGGCAAGGCAGUACAGUCAGAAGAUCAAAAAGGCUAAUCAGCUGCUGAAGAUGAAGAGCAUGGACCAUGAGCCCAGUUGUGCAAGACUCAGGACAAACAAACCAAAAGACCUGGCUGCCAUUCUGGAAGAGAAAAAGCAAGGCGGGGCAGCUAUAGGAGCAAGAAUAGCUGAGUAUUCUCAGUUAUAUGAGCAGGUGAUGUUUAAGGAGCCUCCCACCACUCCUCCAGUGCUGAAGUCCUCAGUCAGCUUUGCAGGCCCUCACCCACUUUCUGCUCGUUCAAGCCCAGGUUUGGCUUCCUCUCCCUCCUUACCUGAGAGCGCCACCCUGGAGGCUGACUGGUUCAACUGCACCUACAGCAAUGGUGAACUUGCUGACUUUGUGUCCUGGCCCGCUGAAGUUGGAGGAGGGCGCUCUUCGACUCCUCAGCGAAAGCUGACUUCUGCCACCUCUGUCCCUGCCCUGAAGAGCCUUCCACCCACUCCGAGCACUCCACCCAAUCAGCGCUGGAGUGCCUGUGUGACUCCACCCAGCAAGGAUGAUUCUGAGCACAUUUACAGCACAUUGGGACAGCGCAACUUUAAAACUCCACCUUACAACCGUUGCCAGUCCUCGUCAUCAUUGGCUGAGCAGCAAGAGAAAGAGAACAGUGGGGGUACAGGUAAUAGGGGAUUGGACAGACACAUAAAUCAUUCAGGGACUAACGCUGCAGGGCGUGGUCUGGGACCUCGGCAACACAGCUUCCCUGAAUGUCCUGCCCAGAUGACCACUGAUCACUCCUCAUCAUGUGACCUCACACUGAGGGACUCUCAGCAAGUGCUGGUUUUGAAUAGGAAGUCACCCCUGAACGCACUCAGUGCCACACAGAACUACCUGGCCAACUUCAAGGACAACGAGGAAGAUGACGAUGAUUAUGUUGAAAUCCGAUCGGAAGACGAGAGUGAGGACAGAAAUAGAGCGCCCCCUGUCUCUGCCCAGCUGCAGGGCGGCACAAAUGUAGCCUUGCAAACCCAUUUGGCAACGGGACAAGAGGCUUCAGGAAGCUUUGACUCAGCACUGCAUGGCUACAUGUGGAAUGACCCAGAUGAUGGCCAGCAAGGUCUAGGUCAGCCCAAAAUCGUCCAGUCUCUGCGAGACAAGUUCCAGUGUCUUAGUUCCAGCAGUUUUGCGUAAAGCCCAGAGUACACAGACCUAAUGUUCUUCAACAAACCCAAACAUUGGGUUGAUGUGAUAUGCCUGCACGUUGGGAGUCUCUAGAAUGUUCUUCCUCAUUCACACUGUUCUACACUCUUUAAAAAUGGUUACUAUUCUAUAUAGAACCAUGAAUACUAAAAGAACCACUGGAAUGCAUAAAUGCUUCUUUGCAUACUCAAAUCGUUCUGCUCUACAGUGAAAAAACAGUUGUACAUGGUUCUUUAAAUAACCCUUUUAAAAUGGCUCUGUAUAGCACAAAAAUGGGUUCCACUUUUGAUAUGAGUCAAAGAACCCUUUAUCAGCACUAUACAGCACCCUUUUAUUGCUAAGAGUGUAGAAUGUUCUCCCCCACACUGUUAAAAAUAAAGGUGCCAGAAAGGGUUCUUUGGAUGAUGCCAAAGAAGAAUCACUAAAGAAAGUUUCAACUGAUGGUUCAUUAGAGGACCAUUUUUGUAAAUGAAAUGUGUGAGAAGUUUAAAGACCCUUCAUAUGACGUAAAGAUUCUAGAAAGAACCUUUAAAUUGGUGUAGGACUUUACGUUAUUGGAAGGUUCUUUAAACCUUUAAAAGGUUCUUCACUCUCUCAAAUUUCUUUUUCAAGCAUGGUUCUUUCGGGGAAACAGAAGUGGUUCUGCCAUGGCAGUGAUUCCCAACCCGGUCCUCAGGCCCCCAAGCCGUCCAUAUUUUUGCUCCAGUCCUACUUGCAACACAUAGGGAUGAAGGAAAAAUCUGGACCAUCUGGGGGGCCUAGAGGACCGUGACAGAAACCAAUGUUUCAUGGCAUCGCUCAAAGAACCCUUUUAUUGCACCUUUUAAAAUAUUUUUUAAAGUGUGCAUUCAGACUGUUCUUGAAUGUUCUCCCGUGUUCACAUUGUACUAGAACAGUGGUCAUUAACCCUCCUCCUGGAGAUCUACCUUCCUAUACAAUUCAUAUCCAACCCAAAUCUAACACACCUGACCCAACUAAUUAAGUAGACUGCUGAUCUGUUCAAGCAAACUCAGGAAGGUAGAUCUCUGGGAGCAAGGGUGUUGACCACUUUUCUAGAAUGUUCUCUGCCAUUCAGGUUGUUCUGGAAGGUCUUGGCCUUUUGGCUUUUCAGUUCUUAUUGUGGAAUGCUCUGAAGCCAGCUGCCAACACUGAAGUGUCAGUGUUUGUUGGCGGACAUUGGGUCAGUGUACCGUGGCCUUGAGGAGCAGGGAUGACGGGAAAUGUACUGUGCACUCAAUGCAUAAAAGCAGGGAAUAAAAAACGCAGCACAAACAAGCUACCAUAUGGAAAAUGUUACACUACUUAACAACAGCACAAAGCACAAUUGCUCACAACAUUGAUGUACAUAAAACUGAUGAUGUUCAUACGGCUUCACCUGCACCAAGUUAGAAAUUUUGCAUCACAGUUUAAGUGGAUCUAAGAAGUACACCACACUCAAUCACAUAAAGAAACCAUUUAUUUUUCUUUCAUAUGAAGACUCAUGAUGCACUACUCAAUGGUCAUAGCUAUAGUUUCCAAUGUGUUUAAAAUAGAAGUUUAGUUCAAAUGAAAUGUUACCUGUUUAAAUAUAUAUAUUUUUAACAAAAAUUCAAGUCUCAGCCUAAAGGUUGGAAAGCCAAAGCUUGCAGGCAGAGUGGAAAACGAUGGACUAAAAGGGAUCUCUAUCAGAUUUCAACUGCUGGCUAUAAGGUUUCUUAUGUAGGUGCUCCAAACAUUAUAUCGUUUGCGUUUUAAUACCCCGCUGCCUUCCACAAGCCAUAAUUCAGUCGCUUGUUUUUGGACGCCACAUUGCCGUAAAAGCCUUCAAGUUAGCAUUUGAAGGAUCUUAAUGUGUUUAUCCCAUUUAAUGUGCAUGUGCCGAUGCAGACUAUCAGUUCAAUAUAUUAGCGCAUAAAAACAGCUACGUCUAGAGUAGCUACGUAAAAAUUAACUUCAGCCAGUAACAGCUCAGUCUUCGAUUGGUUAUGUCUGUAAGUCGUUCUUAAAGGCCAUACACCAUGUAGAAAUGCUUUAUGAUAGGAAUUUAUAGACGUUUAUCAGAUUGUAUACAAGAUAUAGAUAUAUUUUAGCUAGUUCAACAAGGAAGCCAUGCUUACAUUCGUUUGGAUUCUCACUAUGAGAAGCCAUGCCACAGUUUUAAAGUAAGGUAGAAACAACUGUAAGGAUUUGAGCAGUUUUUAUUU